AUGGUAGACAUACAGACAGCACGGAGCCAUAUUACUGAAGGUGCUCUCAAUGCCAUCUUCAAUGAUCCUGAGAGGCUCCAGAGAGAAUUUCCGGUGCCAAUAUGCCAGUGUGUCCAGAUAAAGGCUCUUGGUUCUCAAGGCGAGGGAAAUCCUGAACGCUAUCGGAUUGUUCUGAGUGACGUGCAGAACUUUGUUCAAAGCAUGCUUGCCACUCAAGCAAAUCACGUCGUUCACGAGGGGAAGCUGAAGAAAGGGUCUAUCGUAAGGCUCAAGUCAUAUCAAGCGAACGCUGUCAAGGGCAAGAGAAUCCUGAUUAUCUUGGACCUCGAAGUUAUUGAAAGCCUGGGCGAGCUUGAAAAGAUCGGUGAACCCGUUGCCCUGACAGUCAAGGAAGAGGAAGACGUCAAACCUGUGAACACCACUAUUGCUGGAAAUGGCUUUUACGGAAACAGACCACAGCAACCUCCCGCACAAGAUCGUGUCCUCCCAUCGCGCGCUGCACCGGCGAGUUCUUCAUCGCAUGCCAACAUAUACCCAAUCGAAGGUCUAUCACCUUAUGCACACAAGUGGACCAUCAAAGCACGAGUCACCAACAAAUCCGAGAUCAGAACGUGGCACAAAGCAAAUAGCGAAGGAAAGCUAUUCAGCGUCAACCUUCUGGAUGAAAGUGGAGAAAUAAAGGCAACAGGAUUCAAUGAGCAGUGUGAUGCAUUUUACGAUCUCUUCCAGGAAGGGUCCGUCUACUACAUUUCAGCUCCCUGUCGAGUCCAGCUGGCAAAGAAGCAAUUUAGCAAUUUGCCGAACGACUAUGAGCUUACGUUCGAGCGCGAUACUGUAGUUGAGAAGGCAGAAGAUGCAGAUAACGUACCCCAGGUUCGGUACAAUUUCACAACCGUCAGUGAUCUCCAAACCAUCGAGAAGGACUCUACGAUAGAUAUCAUUGCCGUCCUCAAAGAAGUUGGCGAGGUUAGCCAAAUCACAUCCAAGUCUACACAAAAGCCAUACGAUAAGCGUGACUUGACGCUGGUCGACGAGAGCGGAUACUCCGUCAAGAUGACGAUCUGGGGUAAGACUGCAACAACUUUUGACGCCAAUCCUGAGUCGAUAGUUGCAUUCAAGGGUGCCAAAGUCUCCGAUUUUGGUGGUAGAAGUCUAAGCUUGCUUUCGUCUGGCUCUAUGAUGAUUGAUCCAGACAUCCCAGAAGCUCACAAGCUUAAGGGGUGGUAUGAUUCAGAUGGACGAACCGGCUCGUACAUGUCGCAUUCCAACAUGGCUGGUGUAGGAGCCGCUAGUGGCCGGCCUGAUACAACCGUGACCAUUGCUCAGGUGCGAGACGAUAGCCUAGGAAACAACGAGAACCCUGACUACUUCUCUGUAAAGGGCACUAUCAUCUACAUCAGGAAUGAGAAUUUCGCAUAUGCUGCCUGUUUGAAUGAGGGCUGCAACAAGAAGGUCACGGACAUGGGCGAUGGAACAUGGCGCUGCGAGAAGUGUAACGUCAAUCACCCGCGUCCACAAUACCGAUAUAUCUUGUCGCUAAACGUCAGUGAUCAUACUGGCCAGCUGUGGCUGAGUUGUUUCGAUGACGUUGGACGCAUUGUCAUGGGCAUGAGUGCGGAUCAAUUGAUGGAGCUCAGGGAGAACGACGAGGCUGCUAAGGAGAGGGCAUUUGAGGCAGCUGGUUGCAAAACUCUGAACUUCAGAUGCAGGGCCAAAAUGGAAACUUUCCAGGAUCAACAAAAAAUCCGUUAUCAAGUGAUGUCUGCAUCUCCUAUCAACUACACAGCAGAGGCCCACCGGCUCGCAGAGCUCAUCAAAGGCUAUAACAUUGAUUGAGUUCAUCUAUCCUGAGCGAGGCUGGUCACGAGAAUCAACGGGGAAGAAAUUUGUAUUGAAGCAUCUGGUGACACCUUACAUCAUUGUGUAAGGCUAGUCACCUCUUACGCUGGAAAUUAUGGGAUGAGGAAUGUCAAUGGGUCAUGUUAGAAGUGGUU